AUUUGGGCAUCACGUGGUUCGCGGCCAGAAAAUGGCAGGCUCUGGGGAGGAUUCGCGGGCGCUCUUCGGAGCUGGCGUUCGCGCGGCGCUGGAGGCCUGGCCGGCCUUGCAGAUCGCUGUGGAGAAUAGCUUCGGGGGCGUGCACAGCCGGGAGAAGGCCGAGUGGCUGGGAGGUGCCGUGGAGGAGUACUUCUUCCGCAAUGCUGACUUGGAGCUAGAUGAGGUGGAGGACUUCCUUGGUGAGCUCAUGUCGAACGAGUUUAAUACAGUUGUGGAGGAUGGGAGUCUUCCCCAGGUGAGCCAGCAGCUGCAGACCAUGUUCCAGUACUUCCAGAGGGGUGAUGGGGCCGCUCUGAAGGAGAUGGCCUCCCACUUCACCCGAAGAAAGUACAAGGUUAGAGCCACUGCACUUACGGCAGCCAGCGAGACAUAUAAGGAUGAUGCAGACAGCGUGGAGGAGAUGGAGGUCACAGCUACAAAUGAUGGGGCAGCUACUGAUGGAGUCUGCCCCCAGUUUCAACCCUCUGUUCCAGACUCCCAGACUAUUAAGGAAGAGGAUAUAGUGGAGGAUGGCUGGACCAUUGUUCGGAGAAAGAAAUGAGUGGGGCUGGAAAUGGAUUGGGCCCUUGUUGGUGGUUUUGAGAUUCGCUUUCAAGGGUUGUGAACCUCUGAACUGGUUAUCCCAUCUCCACCCUCUCCCUAUUCCCAUCCAGCUCCCUCCAAGGGAAGAAGAGCCUUAGGGACCUUGGUCUUGGGGUGGCGGGACCUGGUUCACCACAUCCCCUUGGGCCUUAAGUUACAGUCUGAGUGAUGAGGCCUGGUUUCCCAGCACAGUGCUUCUUGGGUGCAGUCAGUAUGAAGAGGGGAGGAUGAGUGGGUGUGGGUAUGGCUGGAGGAGAGACUAAAUGCUGGUUGAUGCUGGGCAGGUGGAUUCGUGAAGGGAGCAGACCAGCAGAACCAAUACUUGUGCUGGGUCAGGAAGGCUGAGAUGAUGAACAGGCAACUGGGGGAGAGAUUACUUGAUGGAAUGAAUGAAAGUAGCUGUGCUACCUCUCCCACUCCUCUCGCCCCCCACCUGUACACACACACAGAGUAGCUCUGUACUUCUGCCCAGAAAUUGAAGCCUCCCGGAAACACUCCCUAUUUGUAGUCCAGUCUCCAGCGCUGGGUUCCUUCAGGAAGUCUUAAGACCUUGGCAGGGUGGUCAACUUGGGGGACCUGGGCUUUGUUUUCUGUCUCCUCCAACCUCUUUCUAAACUCUUCAUCCCAUCCCAUCCCAUCCCAUCCCAUCCCAGGUAUGAGGUUUAAGAUCUCAAUACCUUAUUGUUUAAUCUGUGGCUUGACCUCUAAGUAGCCUUGGAUCAGCCUUCUGGGAACUGAGCUUCACAACUCAGCAAGGGAGCAGUUUCUGGGCCCACCCUUGCAGCCUGGUACUUAGGACAAAUAGAUGGACGAAUGGAGCACAGCACUGCUGUGAACGUUUCUGUAAGCCUGAAAU